AUGGAUCCUCAGGGACCACACCGUAGCUGGCCUCCGCAGCAAGGCGCAAGUGCGCAUGGCGAACAGCAGAGUCAGAGUCAGCAGAAUCAAUCACAACCACCGCGUCAAGGACUGAACUUUGGAGCCGGGACGGCACAGCAACACCAGUCUCCGCCAUCCGCUCCCAGCAAUCUGCCCGCCCCAGGCGCGCCUUUUCCUUCAUUCCACCAGCCGGCGCAUAGUCUGGCCAGUCUGGCGGGCAUCAGCCAGGCUUCGCCGAGACAGCCUGUCCCACCGCCGCAUCGCCAAGAAGGUCAAUCUCAAGGCCCGCAAGGUCAAGGACCGCCCCCGCCCGCUCAGGGUUUCGCAUUGCCCGGACUGUCCCAAGCCACGGGUCAGGCCGAUCGUGACCGCGAACGUGCGCGUGAGGCGGAUCACAUCCACAUCAAGGAGGAGGAAGAUCGGCGACAACGUGRGCGCAUGGAUCAGGCGCCUCAACACCAGUCGCAGUCGGGUCCUCCUCCGCAUCUUCACCAACCCGUGGCGGUGGGUCCGCGCACUGUUCACGGGCCCAACGGUCUCCUGAGCAAUCCUGGAUUGGGCGGACAACCACAACCCUCGCAUCUCCCACUCGGUGCCCCCACUGGCCCAGCUAACAUCUUCGCCGGUGGCCCCGUUCAGCCUGCGCAGGGUCAGCAGAUGCAAUCGAAUCUACUCGCGCCGUACAAUCUUGGCACUCCUGCGCAGCCCGCUGCUCAACAGCAGCAGCAGCAGAAUAUGGGCUCAAGUCAAGCACAAGGGCAAGGUCCGGGACAACAGCCAAUCCUCAACGAUGCGCUGAGCUAUCUCGAUCAGGUCAAGGUGCAAUUUGCGGAUCAUCCAGACGUUUACAACCGCUUCUUGGAUAUUAUGAAAGAUUUCAAGAGUGGGGCAAUCGAUACACCUGGCGUUAUUGGCAGAGUCAGCACUCUCUUCGCCGGAAAUCCUCAGCUCAUCCAAGGCUUCAACACAUUUCUGCCUCCUGGUUACCGGAUCGAAUGCGGUGCUGACGACGACCCUAACGCGAUUAGAGUCACCACUCCGAUGGGCACCACAGUGCAGUCCAUGCCGCAGCCUCGCCCGCUCAGCAGACAGGACGGUCCUGACAGCAGCAGCAGACCUGCAAAUGGCACCUUCACUCCACAGCCCGGCGCUCAGAGCGCUCAGAUGAUGUUCAGUCCGACCGGCCGCCCGAUGGGACCUGCUGCAUCUGGCCAGCCGCCGCACCACUUGUCGCCACAGGAGCAACAACGCCAGCAAGAGCAACAGGCGAUUCAUCAGCAGGAGCAACGCGGCGUCAACUCAUUGCAGAGUGCUGCCGUGGCCGCCGCGGGAGGUGCAGGCGGGCAUGGCGGUUCUCCUCGCGCCACGCCCUUGCCUGGACAAAUUAUUGAUGGCAUCACUGCCGAUGCUCCUUCGCAACCGGGAAUGGAGAAGCGGGGACCAGUCGAAUUUAACCAUGCCAUCAGCUAUGUGAACAAGAUCAAGAAUCGAUUUUCCGCCCACCCAGAUAUUUACAAGCAAUUCCUCGAAAUCCUGCAGACCUAUCAGCGCGAGUCCAAGCCCAUCCAGGACGUGUACAGCCAGGUGACAUUCUUGUUCAAAACAGCACCGGAUCUAUUGGAAGACUUCAAGCAGUUCCUACCCGAGUCGGCCGCACAAGCAAAGGCCGCCGAGCGCGCGCGACAAGAAGCAGAGGCCAACGUCAUGACAUCCAAUAUUCGCGAAGGUCGCUAUGGUAGCCCCGUGGCUUCACGUGAGCAGCCCGCGGGCACACCAGGACACGGUCAGCGCAUGCCGCCGGUCGGAAACUUUGCGCCAACACCAGCGUCAAAGGACGUCAAGCGAAAGCGCCCUGGCGAAACUAGAAAUCAAGACGGUGGCAUGAACGGAGCAGGCGGCUCCAAAGUACAGCAGCUCACUGGCCAGCCCACCAAGAGGCAGAAACCCAACCAGGGCGCUCCCAAGGCUUUGACAGAUCAGCCGCCGGUUUCUCCUACUCUCAUUCCCGAUCUCCCUGCACCAAUUCAGCCUACAACCACGUCUGCUGCGACUAGCGAAGAACUGGGUUUCUUUGACAAGGCCAAGAAGGCCAUCGGCAACAAGAAUGUCAUGAAUGAAUUCCUGAAGCUGUGCAACCUCUUUAGCCAAGACCUCAUCGACCGCACCGUCUUGAUGCACAGAGCAACAGCAUUCAUUGGUGGAAACCCUGAUCUCAUCAAGUGGUUCAGAGAGUGGCUUGGCUAUGACGAGCGGGAUAUCCUGGUUGAGAACAAGCCUCGUGUGCCGAGUGGCAGGAUCAUGCUCAGCAAUUGCAGAGGACUCGGCCCCAGCUACCGCUUGCUGCCGAAAAGAGAGAGGCAGAAACCUUGCAGUGGCCGUGACGAGCUAUGUAAUUCCGUUCUCAACGAUGAAUGGGCAUCGCACCCAACAUGGGCGUCUGAGGAUUCUGGGUUCAUCGCACAUCGCAAGAACAUCCAUGAGGAGGGCCUGCACCGGAUCGAGGAAGAACGGCACGACUAUGACUACAACAUCGAGGCGUGUAGCCGCACAAUUCAAUUGCUGGAACCUAUUGCGACACAGCUGAGGCGUAUGGACGAUCAUGCGCAGCGUCAAUACACCCUUCCUCCUGGGCUCGGCGGACAGAGCGAGACCAUCUACAAGCGUGUCAUCAUGAAACUAUACGGCCGCGAGAAGGGCGCUGAGGUCAUCGAGUCGCUCGUUGCGCGUCCGUAUCAGGUCAUUCCAGUCCUUCUCAACCGGCUCAAGGAGAGGCUCGAGUCAUGGAAAAUGGCUCAGCGCGAGUGGGAAAAGGUCUGGCGGGAACAGACUCAAAAGAUGUUCUGGAAGUCUCUUGACCACCAGGCUGUCAUUGCAAAACAGAACGAUCGACGCCAGUUCCAGACCAAGACCUUGCUGGCCGAGAUUGUAGUCAAGCAUGAAGAGAUGAAGCGCGCCAUUAACCUCAACCCGGCCAAGGCAAGUCAACCACAGAUGGAGUUCACCGUUGACGACCCCGAAGUUCUGCUUGACACAACCUACCUGGUUCUUAGCCAUAUUGAGAGCUCGCUGUCGACGGAACAACCGAGACUUUUCGCCUUUAUCAGAGAUUUCGUGCCGCUAUUCUUCGGUCUCGACGCCGAGAGCUUCAGAGCACAGAUCAACUCAAGAUUCGACCAUUCGCCAAGCAACGAGCUUGCUGAUGAGGAUGCUUCCGGUGGCGAAGACUCCGCCUCUGUCAAGUCGCGUAAGGGGGGUGCAGUUAAGAACUCCAACCUGCUACGCGCGGCCCUGAUCGGUGGUGGCAGGGGAAGAACACCUCGCAAGGAUCGAGAGGACAGUAAUGCAUCCGGAAGCCGCGCGUCCUCGCCUGACGGGUCUGCCAACAUUGCAGAUGAAGAGCCAGCGGCAGAGUCUGUGGAAGAUCCGGAUGCCCAACAUGAAGUCGGAAAUGGACGAUGGAUGGAGCAUCCCACGACUGGCAAUCCAUCAACCACCAAGGCCAAUGUGAAUCCAAACGAGCCACACAACCGCACGCACUACCGUCUCUGGGCCAACACAACGAUAUACUGCUUCCUCCGUCUUUUCAUGAUGCUGUACGAGCGUCUGCACAAACUGAAGACGGCCGAGGCAAAAGUACGAGAAGCUGUUCAGAACGCGAAGAGAGUCAAGCCCGCUGUCGAGCUCGGGAUUGUCGACAAGCUGCCGGCCGAUUUCUUCCACGAUACCAGCGAUACUGCCAACUACUACAGCCAGAUGCUGCAGAAAUUCGACGAAGUCCUGAAGGGUGAACUCGAGUUCGUUGAGGUUGAAGAUGCGCUGCGUCGCUUUUACCUGCAGUCCGGAUAUCCUCUGUACCCGUUUGAGAAGAUAAUCGGCACAUUGGCUCGCGAUGCAAUCUUGGUAAUGAACAGCGACAGCAAAGAGAAGUCUGCGGAAAUCCUUCAUUUAUUCAAAAAGGACCGAAUCAAGGAGACGACUACGGCGCAGCAGACAUCAGACUACCGCAAAUCAGUCGAGAAGAUGGUAAAGGAUGCUGAGCUUUUCCGGAUUGAUUUUGUAAGUCCCAAGAUGAUGAACAUGGUAGACACCUCAAGUCGUCCUCUAACAGCAGCCGCGCAGGACCAGCUCGCCAACAAGGUCCGCAUCUUCCUCACAAAGAAGGAAGAUGUUAUUGGCGACGACGGCCUUUCAGUCCUCGACCGCGAGAAUCGCUGGCGCCACUACAUUGCCUCCUUCACGUCUGUGGACAACACGGAGGGCAUUGACAUUGCUCAUGUGUCGUAUCCAUUCCUCAUGCGCAACAUCAAGGCUUAUGGGGCCGAUCCACGAUCCGAGUCAUUCCCUCCCGCAGCCGCCGAAUCAUUUCGCAGCGCCAUCGCCGACAAGUCUCGUUACUUGGAUGUGAAGAACGAAGAAAAGCUGUCCAUUCGAAUUGCUGUCAACAACUUCAAGCCUUUCUUCCAGGCAGGGACAUGGGAGAGUUGGCACUCCAGCCUUCUGGACCGCACCAACGGCGAGGCCGGGGUUGAGUUGGCUCUAGAGACCACUGGCCAUCGAGAUGAUACCAUGAUCUCUCUGUCGCAGAGUCAGAGCGAGGGCUCAGAUGGGGUUUUUUCACAAUUGGUACAGGGCGAUGCUGUCGCCAUUGAUGAUAAGAUGGAUGUUGAGUAG